AUGAUGGUGGGCUUACCCAUGAUCCUCCUCGCAACUUGGAUGACGUCAGGUACCACGGCUGCCCCCAGCCCUUCCCCCUGCCCCCUGGGUGAGUUCCCGUGCGGGAACCUGACCCUCUGUCUGCCGCAGAGACUUCACUGUAACGGCCGGGACGACUGCGGCAACAACGCGGACGAAGAGAGAUGUGGUGACAAUAAUGGCUGGGCCAGUGACUUCGACGCCUUUCGCGCCACAGGAACCCGCGAGGAAAGCAGUGCCAGUGACGUCGAUGUCCUUCCCGCUACAGGAAUACGCGAUGGGAACUCAAGGGGAGACGAAUCCUGUGCUCUGAUGUCGGUGCCUGCUCUGUGUACAUGUGAGAGGGAGACCUGGGUUACCUGUGACAGUACAGGGCUCAACAACAUACCGGGGGACAUCGACACCAACGUCACCAGAUUAUCUCCUGUCGUUCAACUAGUCGUGAGUGAUACGUACCAAGUGUUUUUCGAGGAGAAACUGAUUUUAUAUUCAACUUACUUAUUUUACAUGUUUUCCAUAUUACUCAAUUCUAGGAAAAUUUACAACGAGACGAUUGAAACGUUGCAGAACGACUCCUUUCUGAGCUACGUCGAUUUAGAAUCUCUGAAUUUGCCCAGAAACAAGAUCCACUUCAUCGAGCCAGCCGCCUUCAGGGGGUUACGCAAUCUUAAAAAACUAAAUCUCCAGGGAAAUCGAAUCAGUUCCUUCCACGUGGACACCUUUGCGGAGCUGCACAAACUUUUUCGGCUAUUCCUAUCACACAACGAACUAGAGACGCUGGUACCGGGAACCUUCAGGAAUCUACACCAACUUGAAUGGCUGUAUCUUGAAGAUAACAGGUUGACGACAAUCCAACAUGGCACCUUGAGUGGGCUGGGAAACGUUCACUGGUUAGAACUUGAGGGGAACUCUCUCAACAAUUUGACAUCCGGGACAUUUGAAGGGUGUGGUAGCAUCACCGUCUUGUCUCUUCGGAACAAUAGGAUAUCGACGAUUGAACCCCAUGCGUUCGACAGCCUGUCUCAGCUCAUGGAACUGGAUCUUUCAGUGAACAACAUCUCGACAUUCCCCUCCAAACCGUUCGCCAGGCUGAAGAUGCUGGACAGAUUAUCAAUUACAGAUGUGGGCGUGGCCAGUUCCAGCCUCUCCACAGCCAUGUUUAGUAAAGCCGGCAGUCUGGACCACAUAUACUUCAGUAAGUUCCAGUCCUGUAACUUCGCCCUGCACGUGCGGGACUGCGAGCCGAACUCUGACGGGAUCUCGUCCUUUGAACACCUGCUGGCGCGGCCGGUGUUGCGGCGGUGUGUGUGGAUCAUCGCCGCGCUGACCUGCACGGGAAACACGUGCGUCAUGAUCGGCAGGUCACUCAUCAAACACGAGAACAAGGUCCACUCGCUCUUCAUCAAGAAUCUUUGUGCUUCAGAUCUAGUGAUGGGCAUCUACUUGUUGAUCAUCGGCGCGAAAGACGUCAUCUUCCGCGGUACUUACAACCGGCAUGCCUUAGACUGGAGAGAGAGCUUCGGCUGCCAGUUCACAGGGUUCCUCGCCAUGCUUUCCUCGGAGGUGUCGGUCCUCCUCCUGACCUACAUGUCCGUGGAGAGGUUCCUGUGCGUGGUGUUCCCGUACCGGGACAGGAGACCGAACGUGCGGCAGGCAGCCGCCGUGCUCAUGGCGAUCUGGCUGAGCGGAUUCUUCCUCGCCUUCUCGCCGCUGAUCGGCCACGGGUUGGGUUACUUCGACAACUUCUACGGCAGCAACGGCGUCUGUUUCCCCCUCCACCUGCACCAGCCGUACCUGGAGGGCUGGGAGUACAGCGCCUUCAUCUUUCUCGGCGUCAACUUCACCUCCUUGGUGAUCAUCCUGGCAGCUUACACGGGCAUGUUCGUCUCCAUACAGAGGACACGGCGGUCCAUAGCGUCUUCCUUCACCACCUUCGGAGACAUGUCCUUCGCUACCAGGUUCUUCUUCAUCGUGCUGACGGACUCCCUGGUCUGGAUUCCCAUCACUGUGCUCAAGUUCCUGGCCUUCACGUCUCUGAAAAUACCAGGUUCCAUGUACGCCUGGAUCGUGAUCUUCAUCCUGCCGAUUAACAGCGCCAUCAACCCCAUCCUGUACUCCCUCACCACACGGACCUUCACCGGCGCGCUCUGCAGCUUCGUCAGGAAGUUCCACCUCAAACAUAUCCGCGCGUCCACCAGCAGACCGCUGGUCCUCAGGGAACAAGUGAAGCGUUCGUCGGAUUCCGACACGUCGGCUGGCACCACCUGCACGACUGCGUCACCGUUGACGAGCACAUCCAACAGGGCGUCCUCAAACGGUACAGUCAAUGGUGCGCCCUCAGGUAGCUUGGGGAGGAACUGCACCCUGGACAGCGUCCCGGAGCGGAAUUCCAGCGAGGAUGGCGGAUGGGAGUCUAUUAAAACAAACGGCGACGAUGUGUUCGAACCGUGACAUUGAUGGAACUCGCGUUAUGUGUAAAGGGUUCCCAGAAGGAACUACUGAAUACAAACAGAGGGCGAGGUACCCGGAAGUCGGUGCAGAAACUUUACCCCACAGAGUUCACCGUUCGUUGUUAAUCCCGAGGCUGGUAAGUUACCGACGAAAUCAAGGAAGGAACAAGCCCUGGCUCUGAUAGGACAACGCCCCGCAUAUUUCGUCAAUGCAGUUGUCAGUAAUUUAAAGCGUUUUGUCUAUGUGAGCCGUACGUAGUGCAAUUUGUAACCUCAAUCCAAUAUACGGUAUUUAACUGCCAUAAGUAACACAUGUAAACCUUAUAUUGUUAUGUCUCAUUGUGGCAUGUGGAUACGCUAUAUAUGACUUAAUGCCAGCCAUGCGUGCAGUCAUGUUUAUUUUCAGUUUGACCAAUGCCAUUAGUAUAGUAUAGGGACAUCAGGCCGGCAAAACUGCAAUUAUUAUAGUAAAGCCGACUUUGCCAUGUUUUAUACAAAUGUAUCUAGUAUAUUAUCUGGUGAGUCAAGCGUGGACCAAAUGUACAUACCAACAUAUCAAAUGUACAUAGAAUCUACCUCUACAACUUGGAUGUGUAGUUGAAAAUGAAUGGUUCAGGCGUUUUCGUGGUCAUGUAAAUGAGCAUACCUUUUUACUUUGUUUUAUUAUUUCUACAUCAGAAAUCAUAUACACUGCAUCAGUAUCAUUAAACUUGU